CAAAAGGUCUCUCCCUCUCAGUCAACGAAGUGUUAACCAGCAGUCGCGUCCCAAUGCCCAGUACAUACCGGCUCACAAUCCUUCGCUUCUUUUGCCUUCUGUCAGCCAAAUGACGCGUCGUCAGCACAGACCUUGUCCGUCCACUUCACCGCGCUGUUGUCUCUGCUGAAUGUAGGUGACAAGCACGCGUGCCACUCGCCGACUCCUCUCCGAUCUCAGCUAGACGCAUGACCUCGUCGAACAUCCCCUCCAAGACUGCCCAAGUUACCCCCUAUGCAUGGCAAGAGAAAGAACGAUCCAGUAACCGCCGUUUUGCAGCAAUGAGCGCUGGGAAUCGGUCUUCCAGCUAUCAAACCGUACGUCCUGAUCAGCAAGCAUACACGAAUCAAGACAUUCGCAGGGAGUUCGAACUGAGUCAUUCUGGAUCUGAAGGAAGAAAAGCAGCUAGGAAAAGCGAAGGAUUGUCUCAAAUCAGCUCUGACACUGGGGACGAUCAAGACCAGCACGACCAAUACAAUAGUGGUCACGAUGACAUGCAAGCUUCCGAAACGGAGGAUUCGGAAGAUACUCUGGGCUCCGAUUCCGGCUCAGAUGAGGAUCAGGAGGAACCCGACGCACUCGACCAUGGAAAUGAGGAG